AUGCGUCACCAACCGUUUAUUGUGACGUUGCUGAUUACUAUCACCCUGCACGCAAGCGGAAUUCCAUCCCUCGGUGCUAAUUUGGCGUCUUCUAGCGCUCCGUUGGAGCGUCCUCUGUCUAAACUGGUCGGUACAGUUGAUAAGAGGCAUCUGAAAACUGAGGACGCUGCCGAAUCAAUGGACACCGAGGAAAGAAUUCACUUUGAAACUGAAACAAAGGCUGUUGAGGGUUUGCUCGGUAAGACGGCAAACGCAAAUGGUAAAAAUGUUUUUCAUAGCGUUGUGACGUCUAUCGGUGCGGAUACCGAAAAAGUACAAGCAGCCGUAAAAAGCUUAGAUAAAAAUGGACAUUACACAGCUCCAAAAGAUCCUACAGCAACGUGA